CCUUGAAGAAGAGUCUAGUUUUCAUUCCGUCCUUGGAGAGUCGGAGCUUUCAAAAUCUGCAAGAAUUACAGUCAUCAAUCUGGAAGAAUCGGUGCCCCUCAACUUCCUUAGAGGCCUAGAAGAGCCAACCAAUGAAGUUUCUAUCUUUUCCUGUUUGUUCAUUAUUUUUCACCCACUUCCAACCCAAUUUCGACCAUUCUACAGUGCUUAUUUCAGAAAACCCAAAACAGAGAAAUUGUAGAUCCAGAAGUCUUUGUUCAUUUGGCCUUGGAAUCAGGUCGAUCCGAUCUGUAUCGACAAAAAUACGACUGUUCUCCUGACCUUACGCAGUGCUGAAAUUUUUAUUCGUCCUGUUUUCCCCGUGUGCGAGUCACUCUGCCGAUCCUACUAUUUGAGAAAAGCCAAACCUUGGCUUGCAUCAUUUUAUAAUGGAGAGAGAGAGCCCAGAAGAAGAUGGGUUGCCUACAAGCUCUCCGCUUCUGGGUAACUCUGGCGACUCCAAGCCUUCGAGUGAUCCCUCGAUCACGCCUCUGCUCGUCUUCAGCACUAUCGUCGCCGUUUGCGGGUCUUUCGCCACUGGUUUUGCUUCCGGUUAUUCAUCACCCGCCGAGUCUGGAAUAAUGGAGGAUCUAGGGCUCUCUACUGCAGCGUAUUCGCUUUUUGGUUCUAUAUUAACGGUAGGAGGGUUAAUAGGAGCUUUGGUUAAUGGGUGGAUGACAGAUACGGUGGGUCGCAGACGUACAAUGGGGAUUUCACAAACAAUUUCAGCUGCAGGAUGGCUUUUUAUAGCAUUUGCCAAGAAUGCAUGGUGGCUCAAUAUCGGAAGACUGUUGAAUGGAGUUGGCUACGGGAUUACAUGUUACGUGGUACCUGUGUACAUUGCCGAAAUAACACCCAAAAGUAUCCGGGGAGCAUUCACAGCAUUAAAUCAGUUUUUGUUAAGCUGUGGCAUUUCGUUGAUUUUCUUUGUGGGAACUAUUGUUUCCUGGCGUAUCUUGGCUUUAAUAGGUACUGUCCCCUGCGUACUUCAAAUCUUCGGUUUGUUUUUUAUCCCGGAGUCUCCUAGAUGGCUGGUAAAAGUCGGUCAAGGAAGGGAGUUUGAAGUCACAUUGCAAAGACUCCGAGGCAAAAGUGUCGACGUUUCCGAAGAAGCAGCAGAUAUCAGAGACUAUACAGAAACCUUUGAGCGGCAAACGCAGUCUAGAAUUCUCAAUUUGUUUCAACAAAGAUACGCUCAUUCCCUCAUAAUAGGAGUGGGAUUGGUGAUGCUUCAACAAUUGGGAGGCUCGGAUGCAUUUCUCUAUUAUGCGAGCUCUAUAUUUGAAUCAGCUGACUUUUCCAGCAGCAUUGGUACCAGAAGCAUGGCGAUUGCCCAGAUCCCAGCAACUGCUCUCAGUGUAAUCUUGACAGAUAAAGCUGGAAGAAGACCGCUUUUACUGGUUUCUUCUGCUGGAAUGGCCUUGAGUUGCUUUCUUCUAGGAUUCUCAUUCUUCAUGCAGGACCUGCAGUAUUGGAAGGAAGUCACUCCCAUUUUGGUGUAUGUAUGCAUUAUGGGGUAUUCUAUAGCUUUCUCACUUGGCAUGGCAGGGUUACCGUGGGUUAUAAUGUCUGAGGUAUUCCCAUUGAAUGUCAAAGGGUCGGCUGGAAGCCUGGUGACAUUCGCCAAGUGGUCCUGUGCUUGGAUCGCUACCUACACUUUCAACUUCAUGUUCGAAUGGAGUGCAGCCGGAACCUUUUUAAUUUUCGCAUGCAUUUGUGGUUUAACUAUCUUAUUCACUGCGAAGCUAGUGCCGGAGACCAAGGGGCAAGCAUUGGAAGAAUUGCAAGCAUCACUUGCCCAUUUUCUGCAAUGAAUUCUACUCUGUGUUGAAAUCUGAAUUGGUAGGAUGAAGCAACUAAGAUCGGUGUCCGCAACUGUGGCUGAACAAGUGUCUGCUUCUAUUUUUGGUGCCUAAAAGUCAGCAAAUUUUUAGAGGCACCUGUAUGCCAUGUUGUUGAUCGCUUGGCUUAUACCAAGACAUUAGGUUGACCUGGAUUAUCUAAGAAUGUAAUAAUUUUUCGCAACUACUACUUCAAAAUAUAUUCCACUCACCCAGGACAAAGGAGAGGAUGUGUCAGACAGUCUGAUACUUGUUACCAUGUUUUCAUAUGAUAACAUCCACUUGAACUUC